AGCCCAGAAUAUGUUAUCGACAGAAAGGCUUCCUCAAGCAGUUGUUACUAUAAAGGAUUCCUGUGGCAGACAGAUUAACUCUAGCUCAUUCUCAUUUAAUACUAAAAAUGUUGAGCAACAAAUUAAGAAACUCUACAAGUUAACGUUGGAGAAUGCCAAGAUGAUACUACUGAAAAACGAGAGUCAGGUAUCAUUUGAUAUUUUCGACCUGAAACAGACAAAGAGUUCCACCCCUCUUAUUCCUGAUCGACCUAGUAAUGGAUCUGACGAACUCUUCUCGUCUGAUUUAAGUCGUCCAGAUAUGGGAAGUCUAGAACUGCAGAGCCAUGGUCAGGCUACAGACGACAUGGACACCCAACCUCCCCUUCUAUACAUGGACUCAAGGCUAGCAGACCAGGCUAUACAUCAUGUAUUGGAGGAGGUUUCUGAGGACGAUGAUGAACCGAGUCAGCAAUGUUCUGCAAGCUCCUGCGGCACGAUAUUAAACUCAUUGGGAAUUGACCAUGGACGGAAUGAGAAAGCAUUUGGCGGAAUCUUGCAAUGUACCCCUACGGAGCCAAUCGACCCUAGCCCUGAGAUGUUUAGAGAUCUAAAGUUCGUGUUGACAUGCGAAGUAGAGAGAUCACAUGACAGCUUGGUGGGGUUUCGUAAGGAGCAUUACACCAAGCGCCUUGUAGCAGGAGGAGGUAUAGUUUAUGAUGAGAUACCAAGGGAUGUGAAGAACACGAUUCUCAUAUCCAACGAGCACUGCCAAACAUCCAAAUACUUCCAUGCUCUGUUGUUAGGUAUUCCGUGCGUAUCUCACGAGUGGAUAGAAGACUGUGUGAACAACAACCGAACAUACGAGGAGUGCAGAAUUAAUAGGAUUCAGAGAACACUUUACCUUCACCGAGGUAGAGAUCUGGUAACAGAAAAGGUAGUCCGCCAGGAUAAAGACAUAAAAGAGCCUCUAAAACCAUUUAAAAGGCAGAUAGUUUACCUACAAGGUUCUAAGAAGUUUAAAGAAUCCUGGACUGAACUGGUUGAGACUGGGGGUGGGGAGGCUAUCAAGGCAUGGUUCAGAAAUACCAGCGAGUUAUCUCUACCUACCAUAGUCGCCUCUGACUGUACCUCCAGACCUUCGAAGACAACUGUAAACUUUAACGUGCCUAUUGUUAAUCAAGAUUGGCUAAAGCAAUGUGUAAUUCUUGGAAAGCUUGCUAACAUUGAUCCCUUCAAGCAAAACUAACAGGUUAAUUUGCAAUUUUGGUGGUGUACUUUAUGUUCUAUAAUGAAUGAUUGAUUUCACUUUAUUUGCUAAAUUUUAUUUCAAUACCUUUAGCUGCUGCGAUUCUACACAAAGUUUAUAAAAAAGAGCCGGAGCGAUGAUCGCCACUUUAAUUGAUAAAUGUCACUCUCUUUGUUGCAUAGCUGCUAGCUGUUUUUAACCGCGUAAUUUUUAAGAAUCUAUGAAUGUUUCGUCUCACGGAAAGGCUACUAUCUAUAUUUUAUUUGCACAUGAAUGAUGGCCAAGAUUUUUAAGCUGUAUUUUAUUUAAUUAAUGUUAUUACAACCAAAAACUGAACUCUUUCACUGUUAAAUUUGUACAAUUUCAGACCGAUUUUAUUACUUUUCACAACAAAUUUAUUUUUCAAAAUGAAAUCAGCUGUCUUCUUUCUGUUUGAGUGCUGAUAUAAAUUGAUCGAAUGUACCAUUAUUUUGCAAUUCACAGCGACGAUCUUAGAUCUUCAUUGUUAAGCCCCAAGCCGCGCUCAAAUUGCGGCCUUGUCACACAGAUUUUAUGUCACUUACCGCACGCGCGGAAGUUAGUCCAUUGAACAAAGUUCAAGACGCUCAACACUGCGGGACAAAAUUUUCGACGCAAUUUCCAACGCGUGAUGGGUAACGCACUUCGGUUUGAAGUCUUAAACUCACUUUUUCUACAUUAUAAUCUUACACUCUUCAGUUUCGUGAGUCUUUAUAACUCUUCGCUUUCACAGUUAAAGUGUCUGCUACACUGCUCCAGAUUUUCACAAACAUGAGCUGUCUGAAUAAUAACACAAGUCAUAGGAAUUGUGGACAGUACAGUGAACAGAUUGGUCUCAAUGUCCAAGCCGAAACGGAGAGAACUGAAGAUGGGACGCUCUGAAUCCAUUAUGAAGUAAACAUUGAAAGACAUCUACCUCUAUGGCGUUAUUAAAGCAGAUUUCCAAUCUCGAAACAGAACAUUCUCGUAGCCUUAAGAAGGGUUAGACGGAGAAGAACUCUUGAUUAAUCUGAAUCUUGGAAUUACCGCGACCAGCUCCUUCUAUCUUGUGUGACGAUUUAACUACAAUAUAAGAAACACCUGGUAGUGAAGCUCUAUUUUGAUGGAGUAACAUGAACAAUAGCUCCAAUAAUAUCACGGAGACUUCCCUCUCCUGAAUGCUAUAUGAUUGUAAAGAACCUCUCGACACUCAAAGCUGGUUACGAAGAUCCGAACUGUCUAGAAGCUUUUAUCUGCUACUUGAUCAUUGCAGCAGGCGGACGGUACGACGAUAUCUUUCAACCGAAGUACUCUUCCUUAACUCUAACAAGAGAUACACCGGCUUUCGACUACUAAUUUCGCAACUUGGAACUAGACUGAUAGCUGCUGUGAUAACACAACUCUCAGUUCACAACUUCGAGUGUUCAUAAAUAACCUGAACAGUUGAUGUGAUCACCAACUCCUCGACCUGUGCUCCAGCCACGAUUUGGAAUCACUUGGUGCUCCCACGCGAAGAUGUUUGAUACCAACGUUCCAGCCUUGGAUACCGAUCUAAGAUGUCGAACUUCAAAAUGGAAGGUACACGCCACACCUCUUCACAGAGUAGCUUGGUGCUGGCACACAGACAUAAAACUCUGCAACCCAUCACUAAUCAGGCCCAAUCCUCCUGCUGUCAGCUGAACGGACUGGUCCAACUCAGAAACCUGGACAUUGAAAAAUUGGAUUUCUUUUUCUACCUGCUACAGUGUUUGCAAAUCUCUUCUACACGAGGAGUAAAAGAACCUGGACAUUUAAAAAUUGGAUUUCAAUUUCUACCUGCUACAGUGUUUGCAAAUAUCUUCUACACGAGGAGUAAAGAACCUGGACAUUGAAAAAUUGGAUUUCUUUUUCUACUUGCUAUAGUGUUUGCAAAUCUCUUCUACACGAGGAGUAAACUACAACAAAAGCAUCUGCUCUGAUCCACGGAAUAGACAAUAAAACACAUCUUCUCGCUGACACCAGUAAUCUGGAACCUCCAAGUUAUUUGGACAACAGGUUCUUACCGAUAGUUCAAAGCCGAAGACUUCGAAGCCUAAUCAACAGGAUAUGGCGCAGUGUAAAAUAGAAACCUAAUCUGUCGAACAAAUGAUCACUUGUACGCACUAUUGAUAAGGUAAACGGCCGGAUUGAGAAACCUUGGAACCGCAUUAUUAUCCCAACUUGGUACUGAAGUUAUUUCCAGUCCAACAUGAACCGCACUGAUUAUCAGCCUCUAGGUCCUCGUCACUUCAAGAACCAAGAUAAACCCAAGAAGGAGGUGAGAUUUGACAUGUCGACGUAGUAUAGACACCUGUAGUGUGCCACUUGCGAUAGUUGCCGAAUUUAGGUGUUCUGAGUGCAAGUCUGAUUCGAACCAAGCUGAUCACUGGACUUCAGCUCUACUGUACUGCCUCACAAUGAUAACCCGAAAAGAAGCCUGCACAUAGUUCAGAGAAACACCGAUAUUUAUUUUCUUGUGGCCUAACGAUCAUUACCAAUACUGGCCUGGGACCCAAAAGUGUGGCAUUGAAAACCUGAUGUCGAUUCUUUGACUAGACUGUCGUGGUCUUCAGUACUACUUGAACACCAACAGAACGUCAAAGAACUGUACCUGUCCGGCACACUAAUAAGAACACCAACAGUACGUUAAAGAACUGUACCUAUCCGACAUUUCAGGAAGCACAAACAGCAAAAUAUUCAGCACUCAAGACAACUUAGACGACAAAUCAUCUUCUCUGACUGAUGUCCUUCUCUUUGAUAACAAGCACAAAGUGCUCUCAGAGAAACGUAGCUCAACUCUUAGAAGGACCAGGAUAACCGUAAAAAGAACGUUGAUGUAUGAAAUGCAUUAUGUUAUGUUUAAACGAAAAGAAUAGUUACAA